AUGGCUUCACGAGACUCUCCGGGUUCCCCGCUCUCCUCAGUGGGAUCACUUGAGACUUCAGAUCACGAAUCCAUGAAACAAGAGAGCCGCGCGCAUUCACCCUCGAUGUCAAACAUGCCGCCCUCCAAACGGCGUCGCACCGGCGUUGCCUCGUGGGACCGACAGACCCCCCUCUCCUCUGCCCAAGACGAAAACCACCCACCUCCAUCCCCGACUGCCUCAAUCUCCUCCGAUAGCUCUGGCGAGAUCCCGAACUCCCCCAGCAUCCUUUCUCUCCUUGGUACCAAUCAAGAAGAAGACUACAGCGGACAGAGCACCGACCAGGUCACCAUUUGUCGAUGGGACGGAUGCAGCGCCGGCGACCUCGGCAACAUGGAUGGGUUGGUGCAACACCUCCACAAUGAACACAUCGGGAGCCGACAGAAGCGGUACUCCUGUGAGUGGACCGAUUGCACACGCAAAGGUCAAACGCACGCUAGUGCUUAUGCCCUGCGCGCCCAUAUGAGAAGUCACACCCGCGAGAAGCCAUUCUACUGCACCCUGCCAGAAUGCGAUCGCAACUUCACCCGUUCCGACGCCCUCACAAAGCACAUGCGCUCUGUCCACGAAACAGACACCAUGCGUCCAAUCGACUCCAUCUCAAAAGUCCACGGCGCCCCAGGCAGCACUACCACCACCCCAGCCUCGAAGCUGCAACGCAUCCGCUUGAAGCUCACUCAGCCCCGCGAGCCAGGAACAGAGUCCGAGCCACACACUGAAGCAAUCACCAUCGUUCCAGCCCCCGUCACAACUACAGACUCACACGAUCCCGACGAGACCUUGAUGCCAGAGUUCGGCCCGGAGCUCGACUUCGAUGAAUCAGAGCUCUCCCUACCCCCGCGCGAUCUAUAUCGUCUCCUCCGUCGCCAGAUUGUCUGGGCCGGCAAGGAAGCCGCACAGCUCCAAGCCGAGUGGGAGACGAUCCGCCCGCAGCGUGAGCGCGCAUGGCGCGAGAAGGAAGCUAUCUUCGAUGACCUCAUUGAGGCUGAGGUUAACUUAUUCAAUGCAAUGGUCGGCUCCGUACCACCCGCACAUCUCACAACUAGUCUUGAAAAACUGCAACAGCAGCAGCAGCAAUUCCAACAUCAACAGGAACAGCUGGCGAAGUCGGCGGAUAUGCCGACCACCGAGGGUAGCGCUUAG